AUGGAUAUCGAUAUUAUUACAUUAAAUUGCCUUGUUCAAGAAAACUCAAUUGAUCAUGCUUUUCCUAUAAAAAUUGACAGAAAAAAGAAUAUUGGCCAACUCAAACAAGCUAUUAAGAAGAAAAAAGAACCAGAAUUUAAUAAUUUUGCUGUAGACAGGCUUAAACUAUGGAAGGUUCGGGUUUGCAACAAUAACGAGAAACUAAAUAACCUUGUGCUUCGUGAUGAGGAUCGACUUCUCGACACAACGCUUAAGAUUAGUUAUUACUUUUCUAAAAAACCACUUAGCAAUUAUAUCCACAUUAUUGUUAAACCACCAUUGCCACCUAUUAAACUUGGGCUCAUAUGUAAGAUGGAACUACUGUCCGAAGGAGAUAGUGUAGAAUACCUAGAUAAAAAUUUUAGUUGCACAGCAGCAUUACAUGAAGGUCUUCUGUAUACCAAAGAUGAAAAAUAUAAUUCAUUCACAAAAUUUAUGCAAGCAGCAAAGGGGAAAAGACCUAAUGGCAAUGAUUUUCACAAUCUAAAAAUUAAUAAUAUGACUUAUUGGAAGGUUUGUGAUAAGAUCUAUAAUUUGAUUUUUUGCUACGAGCAAGAAGAGGAUGAAGUUACUAGCAAUUAUCUUUACUUGCAUGAAAAAACAGAGGUUACGGGAGGCCAAGUUAUUUGUUUCAUAUCUGAAGAAAAAGGAUUUAUCAACGCCAAAAUUCCACCACAAAGCCCCAAUGAUCCUCUACCGACCUGGAAAAAGAUCCCACAAGAUUUACAGAAGAUUUUUGAUCUUGCCUUGGAUAGUGAACUGAGGCCAUCGUUCUGUGAGGCACACUAUCAUCUGGUUGGUAUGAGCAUUGGUUAUAAGCGAACUAAAGGUAAACUUAGUGAAGACCCUGCCAUCAUACUGUAUGUUCGUCAGAAGAGAAUUCUGCGCCGUGGAUGUACCUUAUUCCCAGGUGAGAUUCUUGGAUAUUCAGUAGAUAUUGUUGAAGCUUGUGUUGCAACACCCUACGGCUUUGGUGUGAGUACUUGUCAAGCUUAUCAAAAGAAUGUUAAGUUAGGUUUGAGCAUAGGUGUAAUAGAACCACAGAGAACGUCUGGAACUCUCGGUGCCAUAGUGUAUGAUAAAGAUUCAAAACUAAGUAUUCUCUUGUGCGAACAUAUAUGCAGAUUUAGCAAUUUGUAUGCUGGAACAGGUACAAUAAUCAACCAACCUUCACACAAAGAUCUAGAUAAUUUGAAACAGUCAUUUGUUGAGUUAUCAACUGAAAAUGAAGCAUAUAAACAAAUUUCUGAAAAAAUGUAUGUUCAAAUUAAUGAGGACAAACUAAAUUCAGCCCUAGCUCAUUAUAAGAAUGGCAUGUGUGAAAACUUCACUUCCAAAAUUUAUGGAAAGGACUUUGGUAUUGAUGCUGCAUUUUGUAUUUUUGCGAAUGAUAAUCGUACGUUAUGUCCAAAUAAAUUUUCGAUUUCCCCAGAGUUCUUCAAAAAAGCAAAUCUUCCUGAAAAUACUUGUCUAAAUGGCUUUUAUACAUAUGAAAUGUUUGACGACAUUGAUGAAUUAGAUGUUUUUAAAGUAGGAAGAACUACAGGUCUCACUUAUGGGAAAUUGGUUCCCAUUAUUAAUGCUAUUUCCAUUGGCAUAUCAAAUAAAAGCGUCAAAUUUGCAAAAAAGCAAAUUGAAACCCCAUCACAUAGUAAUAUUACAGACAAAAAAAGCUUCAUUGGAUACAUGAAGGCAUCAUUGUUUCAAGAAAUCAAAGAAAAACGACAGCAAUGCUAUCCUACUGUGUGGUUUGAUCGACAAUUAGCAUUUUCAUUCAGACCUGGGGAUUUUGAACCUGGAGAUUCCGGUACAAGUAUUGUAGAUCGAGAAGGAAAAGCCCUUGGUAUUCUCCAUGCAGCAUGGUUAACAGAAAAUUCUAGAUAUGCUAUUGCUUCUCCUUACUUUGCAGUUUUUGAGGCAUUGAAUAUAGAUCCUCCUAAUCUCGCGAAUGCAGAGGAAACAUCGGAUUAA